GUUUACCCGAUGUAAACAGAUCGCGCUCCAAACGGUUUUCCAAAAGCAAUAUCACUACUAACUAUAAAAUAAACCACGCGCGCUUCCCUCGAUCACAAACGUUUCUCAGCCGGCAUUCGCCACAGUCUGGGCAUUGGCACAGCAAGUUCAAGUUUGCCUUCAAGAGAGUGAGAGUCGAAGGGUGUCUUCCAGUCCCGUCAGUCUGUUAGUGCAGUGGAGUGGCGCGAAAACGUGUUGUUGAUUGACCAAUUCUAGUCAUUACACUUUUCGGGCUAUUGGUACUUCGUGAAAAAUUAACGAAGAUCUUGACCACGAAGUGUUACCAGUUGUUGCGUGAAACCCAAAGGAAACCUAUUUGAAGAAGGUUGUUGAGGCUAGCUGGUAAUAACUUACCAAGUGGGUAACGAAGUUGGCUGCAAGCAUUGCGUACGGAGCACCUGUUGAAUCCAGAUCAAGGAAAGAGAAAUGAAGAUUGCCAAACUGCAACAACAAUUGCUUCUGCUGAAUACGCUGGUGUUCCUGCCAUGGAUGUCCUGUCAAAGACUUGACACGCACCAGCGCCCCAGCCGGAGCAAUGAAUUUACGACGACUCGGCCAAGACGGGCCAUAUCCUACCGCAAUGACAAUGACCGACGGCUCGGUCUCUUCGGAGACUAUGACAGCGAAGAGGUCAACUACAAUCCAUCGCCCAGCCGUGCGCGGUUUGGCCUUAACGCGAACCCGGACUUUUAUUUCGACUAUGCGCGGGACUUGCCGACUACCACACGACGCAGCCAAAGUCUCUCGCUGGUACGGGAAAGGCCCCGAAAUAAUGAAGCCGCUGGAGGAGCAGAAUUUUCCUAUCGGGAAAAGGACAAGUAUGGGCCUGCCAAUUGGGAUCAGAUUGCACCACAGUGCGGUGGGAAGUACCAGAGUCCAAUUCUGUUGAACACGAGUAGCGCGCUUUAUGUCAGAAAUAAAAGACCGUUACAGCUGGUUGGGCAGACCAAUCUUCCACAAUCGAUCAGACUGCAGAAUGAUGGUCAUUCUGCCAAAUUCACUUAUGUGUGGCGAAACGGGGAAAGGCCGUACCUCCGGGGAGGUCCCCUGAAGACUAAAUACUAUUUCGAACAGUUCCACUUCCAUUGGGGAUCAGACAGUUCAUCCGGUUCGGAACAUGUUUUAGAUUUCCAGCGAUACCCGAUGGAGCUGCAUUUAGUCUUCUAUAAUUCUCUGUACUCCUCCUUUGACGACGCUCGCUCCGAGGUGGACGGUUUAGUGGUGAUGGGUCUUUUCUACGAAUUGUACGAAAUCAACGAUGAACCUCUCAAUACUUGGACACGUUUCCUGCAGGAAAUUGUAGUACCAGACUCGGAAUACCCCAUCCAAUUCAUCGACACUUUCCCGCUGUACGACCUGAUUGGAGAUGUGGAGUGGCCAUACUUCUCGUACGAGGGAAGCCUGACGACGCCACCCUGCCUCGAGACGGUAACCUGGAUAGUGUCGACCAAACCGCUACUGAUUACGCCGAGGGAAAUUCAAGAGUUCCGCAAGAUCAGAUCCAAGAGCGGCCCAAUGGUGAACAAUUUUCGCCCGGUGCAGAAGCUCUACAAUCGACGAGUUUACCGGUACUGAGCGACGGCAAGGAGUGGUUAGGAUUCCUACGACGCGUGAUAAUCAAAUGCAUUUCAAAGACAGAAUGAUUUCAGCUGAUUUAGUUUAACUUAGCUCAAAGUAUCAACCAAAGUAUUCGCUUUCGAGCGGGCAUUAAUAUUAAGCUUAUUAUUAAGUAAUUCUUUUACAAGGGCACUGAUUGAAGAAUGUUUGAAAAGUUACCCAGAAGGUGUUAGCAGAUGAUUGAAAAUGUGUUCCACUGAAUGACAUAAACCAAAGCUGUUUAUUCAAGCUUAAAAUAAUAUUCAUCCUAAUAUUUUUUUUUCUUUCUAUUUUACACACCUAUUUCAAUUGUUACAUACAUUAUACAUCAAGAUAUUUUAUUGAAUAAAUUAUUAUUAAACGUAUGCAAAA